AUGGUUAAAGCCAGACCUGGCUCUGGUUAUCCCGAUGCUCUUCAGAUAGAUUCUGAAGACGACGAGGCACAUUGUAUGGAACUCGCUGUCCCUUUCAGGGGGAACAAUGAUUUUAUAAGCCAACGCCCUUACACGGACCCAGAUGUUGAUGAGGAUGCUGUGCCUGGUGCUAAAGAAAUUAUUUUGCCUCGCCGCGGUACUCUUGGUAUUAGCUGUGAGCUCGACCAGCCUGGGCGUACAUCUUAUAAACAUCACCAUAACUUUAACCCAGUGUCCACUGGUGAUACUCAUAACACGAAAGCUUCUUCUGGUCUUUUAAUUUGCAGAGUUCCCGGCAUGCAAACCAGGCAAGCUUUUAAUCCUCAAUCAGCAAUAAUGGCAACCACCGCAUCCACGAAUCAAAUUCAAGCGCAUAGCCAGGAUAUGGUUUCAUUUCCUACGCCUAUUCUUCCGGCUAAUCCUGGCUCCACUAUCAGAUCAGGUUCUAGCCUUCAUCCCCUCGCAAUGACAACUCGUUUCAAUGGGCUCACUGGCUCCUUAUCACCACUAGCUACGGCUGCCGUCUCUCCUAUUUCAACUUCUUCAUCAUCUUCCUCCAUCCACUUACCUACUAGCCCUUCGGUAGGUUGCUUGCUGCGCCGACAGCCGGUUGGCGCCGGCUCUGUAUUGGUUGGGGGUUGUGGUGGCAACCUUACGUCAGCUUCAACAACUAAUUUGGUCGGAUCAGUCACAGGCACUAAUUUGUCCCGCCGCAUUGCUUCUGUCCAAUUGCACUCUCAAACGUCAUCUACUAACAGGACCUCUCAAACAGUGAGUCAGGCGAGUGGAGCCUCAAUUCCUGCAGCGACCUCGGCAUCUACUGCUAAAGUUACCAUUGCUACCACCAUUGGCGCUGCUGCUGCCAAUUCUACAUCCACU